AUGCUCACACCAAGUUGGGUAGAAAUGGCGAGCUCUCUCCCUCUGGAAACAGUGAUGUCCUGCCCGAGACUAGACGACAGGAGCGGGGCCACGGCAGCACCCAAGUCCCUGGCCUUUUCCAUUGACAGGAUCAUGUCCAAGACGUCGGAACCAAAAGCCGCCGCCGCGGAGGAGGAGCGCCGCGGAGGACUUGAUGGAUCCGAGGGGAAGAGGACGCUCGGCUUGUGUACCCCGAUUCCCUGCAUGAUCCCGAUCCAGCCGUUCAGCUACGACCUGCAGGCCAAGGCUUUAAUGAACUAUUCCGAGUUUUGGAAAGUUAAUUUCAGGGGAGCACUAUGCACUUCAGCGGCCAUGUGUAAAUCCAACUGCGGCGUCUGCGGUAAAGCGGACGCGGGAAUCAAGCACUCGGUGUUGCCGGGAAGCAGGGUCAUCAAGCCGCAGGUGAUACACCAAGCGCUGGCCAUGCCCACUAACGGAUCGUUGUGUUAUUUCAAUUACCUGGACUCGGCUUAUCAUCAGUCCGAGCUGCUGAGCGGACAUUUAUUUUCCUCAGCAAUCGCGAACUCUCAAGCACAAGCCAUAAGCGCGCAUCAGAAGCUCCUCUUGUUGGAGAACGCCAAACUUGCGUGCGUUUCACCCGAGAAAUUCCCCACACCUCAGUACCCACAUAAAGAGCAUCUCCCUGGGCAGCUGGACCAGAUAGUGCGAGAGAACCACAGUUUGACUGAGAAGAACGGAGUGAAAGCACACAGCAAGACGAAUAACUGCUCCGCUGACGGAAAACCCAAGAACUUCACGUGUGAAGUUUGUGGAAAGGUCUUCAACGCGCACUAUAACCUGACUCGUCACAUGCCGGUACACACAGGCGCGAGGCCGUUCGUGUGUAAAGUAUGCGGGAAAGGUUUCCGACAGGCCAGCACAUUAUGUAGACAUAAAAUUAUUCACACACAGGAGAAACCUCAUAAAUGUAACCAGUGUGGAAAAGCUUUCAACAGAAGCUCGACUUUAAACACACAUAUCCGAAUUCACGCAGGCUACAAACCAUUCGUCUGCGAAUUUUGUGGAAAGGGCUUUCAUCAAAAAGGGAAUUACAAGAAUCACAAACUGACCCACAGCGGCGAGAAACAGUACAAGUGUUCAAUCUGUAGCAAAGCCUUCCAUCAGAUCUAUAACCUCACGUUUCACAUGCACACGCACAACGACAAGAAGCCUUUCACCUGUGGGACCUGCGGGAAAGGCUUCUGUAGGAACUUUGACUUGAAAAAGCACAUACGGAAACUGCACGAUAACGCCAGUUGUUUAUCCGGCGGAAACGAUUCUUCCAGAGGACACCAAAACUGAGACGCGACCCGUUUUUGACCGAACUUGGACAACUGAUGAACCGCACGAUUUUUUUGUGGUGCUUUAACAUCUUCCACCGACAUGAACGAAGAUGAACGGGACGGGAGAAAAUCAUCGCAUCAUCGAGGAAUUGUACAUAAAACAGAAUAAAAUAUUAUUUAAUGA